AUGACCCAGGUUCUGUGCCAAACCCGUCCGAUAUACCUAUCUACCAAGCCUCUAAAACUCUAUCGUCAUGUUGGUGGACUCAUGGAGACGGAAAGAACUACAUAUUAUUCUACGCAAACAUUAUCACUUGCUGAUCUUAGUACUGAGUUGCUAGCUCUCGUAUUCCAACAGCUACGGGAUAUCGACUCUCGAGCUCUUGCUAGUGCUCGUCAGCUUUCGAGACGUUUUGAAGCCAUCGUUACACCUAUCCAAUUUGAAACCGUACGUCUUAACGAAUACAUAAUAGCCACCCAGACCGAGACGUACUUCCCCCGACUUCUUCGGAAUUUGUCCUCGUUUACUAGGAAUGUCGAAGCAAGGAGUGACCUAGACCCGAUAAAUACUCGGAAGGUUUUAGGUCAAAUACAGCGGCUCUCGACGUUACGAUGGCGUUUUAUCGGAAACGACCCUUUUUCAAGGUUUUUCUCGGUACCAUCUGACAUCCUGAGUCCACAUCACAUCGGUAUGGGCAGAGUUAGACUAUAUGUCGAAGGCUUACCACUACAAGACUUUGAUGACGGUUCGUAUGACAUUUACCUACGAGGUAUUCCCGCGAGUAAUCUUGUUUCUCUAAAGAUGACAAGUCCUACGCCACCACUCACAAGCAGACUUGAAUCAUUGAAAAGACUACUCCUUGAAAGUCGGCAAAUAAAGACUUUUCAUUAUAAUGAUAAAGGCCAGGGAUCCCGGUUCUCCUUCAGAGGAAAUGAACGCCUACCAGCUUUCGAAGAACUCUCGCUUCGGUCGUAUGACUGGAAUCAUUCGCCCGAUACUGUCCGAAGACAUUGGAAUUUCUCGAGGCUAAGACGGCUGGCUCUCAUAGAUGUACCUAUGUUUCAGUUUCUCAACUCAGUGCCCUUCUCGGAGUUUCACCAAUUGCAUACAUUACAUUGCGAAGACCACAGUACACACUUACCAGACCAGCGUCAGGAAGGGACAAGAGACCUAUAUAGGUUAAUCCAACAGAUCCGGGCUCUCAAAACGAUUAAGAUUACCUGCCAUACCAACCUCUUCCCUAUAGAUGGACUGCUCCGUCACGCUGAUUCACUUCGGGAUUUGAAAUUCCGUGAUUACACGGGUUUUAGUGACGAAAGGCAACGCUGUCCCACAAUGCGAAUAGAGGAUCUUUCGCUCCUCUCUCACAAUCUCGUUCAUCUCCAUACGCUCGAAUUAGACAUGGAUGCGGCCUUUUGCGACCCCUCCUCAUUUCUUUAUGCGCUAUGUGGCUUCCCUCAACUUGAAAUUCUUGUUCUACACACACAGACCGUCCUACAAGUAUUUGAAGACGUUGGUGAAGCAGAUCUAGAUUAUGAUGCUGCCAUGAGUAUCUUCUCGACUCUGAUAAGUGGCAAGCGGGGCGGGACGUGGAGGAGUAUCACGGUCAACGUCGGUGGGUGGAAACCGGCUAUGGUCCGCCGGACUAGCGCGGCAUGGAGAGAGCAGAAUCGACGUGGUGUUUAUGCUGAGAGGUGCUUCGCGUGCGAGAAGCAUAUGGAGACCGGUGAGAUGAGGGUUCGGGAGGAGAGGGGUGUGGAUAACUAUAGCUAG